AUGUGGUUUUAUGGACCUAUGUUCCUGCAUGGUCGGGAAGAACUGUGGCCUUCAAAACCAUCAUCAGCGCUAAAAUCCGAAACCCUCAUUGAUCCUGAACGAAAGAAGGAAACUCCAGUAUCUAUAUUAUCUGUUGUUGAAGACACAGCAAAUCCUGGAGAGUUCAUAUACUCAAUACGACACAAUAACUCAUUUGGAAGACUUCAACGGAUAUUAUCGUAUAUAUUAAGAAUCGUAAAAAGAACCAGAAGAAAACAAAAAGAUCAUUCAAGCAAUUUUUUGACUCCAGAUAAUCUAGAUGCAGCACAUCAGGUCAUCAUCAAAAGUAUUCAAUAUGCAGAAUUUAAAAAUGAAAUCAAAAUUAUGAAAUCUGAUGGAAGAAUAAAUAAGUCCAGUGCAUUGGCAUCACUGGCACCUUUUAUUGAUAAUACGGGCAUCAUAAGAGUUGGUGGACGUUUGGAUGCAGCCUCAUUAUCGUAUGACGCCAAACAUCCUAUGUUGUUGCCUUAUAACGACCCCAUUGUCAAAUUAAUAAUGGAACAAGUCCAUAAGAAAUACAUGCACUGUGGUCCGCAGUCUCUCCUAGCUAACAUGCGUCAACAAUACUGGCCAAUUAAAGGCAAAUUGAUGGCAAGGUCAGUAGUACAACAUUGUGUACGUUGUACUAAAGUAAGACCACGAUUUUAUGAACAACUGAUGGGUAAUUUGCCAGCGACAAGAGUACAACCUGGGCGACCAUUCCUCACCACUGGAGUAGACUUUUGCGGACCCUUUUGGAUACAUUACAGAAUCCGAGGCAAGAAACCACACAAGGCAUACAUUGCUGUGUACUGUUGUUUUACAACUAAGGCAGUUCACCUCGAAGUAGUUAGCGAUUUAACCACAGAUGCAUUCAUCGGAUCGCUGAAACGUUUUAUUGCUCGAAGAGGACACUGCAAAAAUUUGUUUUGUGACAAUGCCACAAAUUUCGUGGGAGCAAGCAAUCAAUUACUUGAACUUGCAGACUCAAUUCAAACAAGCAAGGCACAAGAGAAGAUAAUUAACGAAUGUAAUGAAAGAGGAAUAACAUUUAAAUUUAUACCUCCUCGUGCACCGCACUUCGGUGGACUGUGGGAAGCAGCAGUCAAAUCAGCAAAACACUUAUUGAUACGAAGUACUAAGACGACUUCACUAACAUAUGAGGAACUAGAGACUGUGGUAUUAGAAGUCGAAGCAAUACUGAACUCUCGACCAUUGACACCUAUGUCGAGUAAUCCGAAUGACUUGUCAGCACUAACACCUGGUCAUUUCUUAAUCGGAGAACCACUCACAGCAAUGGCAGAUGCAAAGGCUCAAUCAGGAAAUAUAAAUCUGGUGACAAGGUGGAAAUUAGUUUCUCGCCUCAAAUUGGACUUUUGGGAACGUUGGAAAACCGAGUACCUCACUGAACUACAAUGUCGACACAAAUGGAAAGCAGCCAAUCCAAAUAUAAAAGAAGGUACCCUUGUAAUCAUCAAGGAAGAUAAUGUUCCUACAUUAAAAUGGCCGCUUGGACGUAUUUCAAAAGUAUAUAAGGGAGAUGACGGUCUUGUUCGCGUGGUCGAUGUUAGAAUGGCAUCAGGAACUCUAAGACGUCCUUUGACAAGACUAGCGCCUCUGUUUCCAGCCGAUGAACAAUCUCCUGUUUCUGAUGAACAAUUUUCAAAAAGUUUUACAAAAGCGAAUUCGAAAACACCACACGAAGGCGCAGAUCAAGACGAGCCACCUAAAAAGUAUUCACGGCCAAUGUCUAAUUCAUUACUGUGCACAAUGUUAUUAUCUCUAUUAUUCUUGCCAUUAGUAUUAGGGAAUUCAGUGAAUGUAACACGUUUCGACAAUAAUUUAGGAAUAUACUUUGACCAUUGGCUUGAUGAAAGUAGCAACGGCAGAAUGGAAAAUGAUUGUUUACUAUGA